AUGGCGGUCUCGAUGAGCAGAUUGCGGUAUCACAAAUUAUAUCAGUUUGUCCGUCUAUGUAAUGAAUCUGGAUACUCCUUAUCCCACGUGUAUCCACAGAGAAGGUCAUUAAGUCACACUGUUUGUCAGAUGUAUUCUACAUCUUCGCCUGUUAAGGCCAAAAAGUGGAAUCAAACAGGAACGAAACAGCAUGCGCACGGUUUUGACAAAACGCGGUCUCCUCCAAGGCCACAUCAUCUUCGGGACGAUCUCACAUCAGGAUCGCAUUCAAAGGAUGAUAAGGUUUCAAAAGAAGAGGAAGAUCCCGAGUCUGACCCGGAGACUGAAGACGAAGAGGAACCGAAAAGAUUUUCAUAUAGAAAACUGAAAAGUCAGAAAUCUGGAAAGGGGUAUUUGCGACCGUCUCGGUAUAUGUUUAGGGAAGUUGAGGCUACAGGGGAGGAAGAGAAUCUAUGGGAAAGAAAAAAUGCCGAUAUAAAUCGCAAAGGAAAAGUUAAUUGGUAUGCAAGACAAAUGUUGAGGCUUUCUCAAGAGAACAAGGUUGAUGAAGCCCUUGAACUCUUGUCUUCUAUGAAAAAGGACAGACUUAACCCAAAGAUAGAAGUUUACAACAUUUUCAUUUCUGCAUAUGCCAAGACUGGGCAAGUCAAGAAGGCUUUUAAACUCUUCAAUGAUGUAAAGAAAUGGGAUCUGAAGCCAACAGCACACACCUACUCAAGCUUGUUCUAUGCUUGUACUCAAGCUCCAGUUACAGAACGUACUUUGGAGAAAGUAGAAAAACUUUACUCUGAAAUUGGCAUAAGAGUUUCCAAAGAUGAACUGGAAAUGAAUCUUAUUACAUACAAUGCAGCCAUUCAGGCCUUUGCUGUUUGUGGUAAUCCUGAUGGAGCAUUUGACGUGUAUCAGGAGAUGCGAAACAAGAAGUUUGUUCCUGAUGAAUACACCUUCACAUCGUUAUUAGCAGCCUGUUGCUUUGAUCCAGUUGAAGGGCCCAGACUAGCUUUUCAAUUACUGGAGGAAAUGAAGUGGUUUAGAUUACAGCCAAAUAUUUAUAUUUACAAUUCAGUGUUGAAAGUUAUGAGAGAUUUUAAACUUUCUCGCCAAGAACAAACUAAACACCUACCUGAGGAUACAAAGGGUCCUGUAAAAGAGGAAAGAACUUCUGAGCAUGAGAUUCAAAUUGAUGGUGGUAGUGAAACAUCAGACAGUGAAAUAAAUUAUGAAUUUAGUUCCUCAGAGAAUCUUCUGCAAGAAGAAAGCAUGCUUGAAAAACAGAAUGAAGAGAGUGUAAACUUGCAUGACUACUUUCCUGGUGUGGAGAAGUUUAUCCAAAUAAUGGCUCUUGAGGAUGUUAAUCCUGAUAUACGCACCUUUCAAAUGCUGCUGCACCUCACAUCAUCAAAAUCAGAAGAAGAGUAUUUGAUGAAUCUUAUGAAAAGUUGUAACAUUACCCCAGACGCUACUUUUUUUGACUCUGUAAUCAAGAAAAAGGCAUUAGAGGGUGAUCUAAAGCAGGCAAAGGUUUACAUGAAGCAACUGCAGGAGAAACUGCAGUUUUCUCCAUCAGAAGCUUCUUACCAAGCAUUAGCUUGUGGAUGUAUAAAUCAGAAUCAAGGACUUACUUUACUAGAUGACAUGAAGGUUUGAAAUAUGAUUAUACUCUCAGGAGCAGCUAAAUUACGGCAUUUUUCUUACUUGGUCAAGUUAGUCAAGAGAAUGACAAAGGAUGAUGUGCAGCCCAAUGCUAGGAUGAUAAAUGUCUUGGAGAGGAUGUACAGCUUAUCCUGUGAGAAACCCGACAUUUCGAAUGACAUGCUGGACCGUGUGGUGAAGCUCAAAAGAUUCCGCUUCGUUGAACAGAAGGGUUUUCGCACAUUUUAUGAAAUCUGGAAAUCGAAACGACUUAAAAACAAGAAUGCAGCAACAAAGACUAAAGCAAGUUCCAAUGAUAAAUACUAUGAUAAAGGCAGAGACGACGACAGAAAUAAAGAUGACGCCGUCGACGACAUUACAAGUGACGAUGACGAUGAUUCUAAAUUUAGCCAUCUUUAGUUACCAUUAAGACACCCCUGGUGGUAUGCCGCUCUGUCAAACCGCUUCAUGUGUAUUGCUCGCCGGUAUCACUGAGCACCAACUCAAAUCAGUUUAAAUUUGUCCACAGAUGAAGAUGUUCUUGAAAAAUUUCCAUGUCUUGGUGUCAAAGCAAAACCAUACUGCGACCUUUCACGGUGUUGUGUUGUGUAGCUUCAUGUUCCCUUGCUUUGGUUCCUAGCACUUAAUAACACAAUUGAUUUGGAAAUCUUUUGUUUCUUGAAGUGUGAUUGGUUGAUAUCGUCCAAGUAUUUCGGAUGAAUUAUUGGUACGGUCCGCUCUCUAUUGGCGCUUUCUUUUUGGUUUCUUCAGCUGUCCGGAAUUACCGCAUGCCAACCAAACACCAAGUGCAGUUAGACCGAUAUCUGAAGGAUUGAACUAACUAAACUUUUCUAUGGCUCUCUUUAUUGCAUAUUCUGGAAAAGUUCUCACAAUUUCAUAAUGUGUACUCUUCACUAUAUGUAAUAAUAUUCAAGGAAAACACAGAUGUGUUGACUAAAACUACUAAUUAAAAGCGGAUUCUACUCCAUAAUGGUUGACGGUAAAAUUAAAAAAAUGCGACAGCC